CUCGGUGACUUGACACCGGUUUUCUAGCCAGAGUAACGGUAGCUGUCGCUUCCGAUCCCUCAAUUGUCUCGGUUUGUUGACGUUUGCUGGAGUACAGCGGUAGUUAGUAACGAGGGGUGGGGGGGUCUGCCUGUUGUUUCAGGCGAGUCGUGUGAGAGUCAAUGAAGCUAGCCAGCUAGCUAGCUUAAAUGGGUUUUCGAGUUAAAAGAUGAUCGCCUCACUGUCUAGAGGAAGUUUGCUGGAUGAGGUUCUUCACGGCAGCUUUAACGAGCAGCAGCUGGCAGCGUAUGUUUCCUGGGUGAACUCUCAGCUGAAGAGGAAGCCGGGCCUGAAGCCCAUCACAGAUCUCAGGCAUGACCUGCAGGAUGGAGUGGUACUCACACAACUCAUAGAAAUAGUUGCUGGAGAGGUGCUGGAAGGAGUGUAUGUGGCUCCACAAAACAAAGAAGAAAGCAGGAAGAAUGUGGAGCAAGUCUUGCAGUUCAUUUCCUCCAGACACAUACGUAUGCCACACAUAUCCGCAAGAGACAUUGUUGAUGGUAAUCUGAAAUCUGUGAUGAGGAUAAUUCUGGCGCUGGCUGCCCACUUCAAACCUACAGCCAACCACAGGGCUGCUUCUGGAGGUGGGAGGAGCUUGACAAGAGGCCAUGCCAGCCACAACCCUCUAUCCACUGUUGCACUAGCACAAGGUGCUGCUGCUGCACUGGCGUCAGCACGAUAUGAUGCCUCACAGCCUGCACGUGUCACGCGUAUCCACAGUGGCUGGGGGUUGAAUGCAGAAAAGAGUGUGUGUGUUCGUGCACUGGUUGAGCAGUAUGAAAGAGGGGCUCCAGAAGAACAGGAUGAUCCUCAGCCUAGCAGCCUCAGCUCCGUCAGUCCGCUGUCAUCUCCGAGAGCUCCACCCAGCAGCCACUCAGACAGACAGCAGGAAGACCGCCAACAAAAGCAGAGCAGCGCCGAGUCAUCCCAUGUUGUUGUGGAGUCGGCAUGGGAGGAUUCUCUCGAUGAAACUUUGGAGAAGGAGGUGCAGGAGACACGUAAAAUGGUGUCCGCUUUACAGGCCCUGCUGCUGCAUGGUUCGCUGCCUGAGGAUGAGCAGGAUGUGUCUUUGACUUUGGACCAGUGCAACGCUGAGCAGCAGCUGGUAGUCAUUCGCAGUCGUUUGGAUCAGAGUAUGGAGGAGGCUCAGGAGCUAAAGAGGGAACUGCUGCGCUGUAAGCAGGAGAUGAGAAACCUCCAGGGAGUCAAGGACGCCCAACAGCAGAGGCUGUGCACUCAGGAGGCCUCCAUACUGCAGAUGAAGCAAGAGCUCCUCAGAGCCAGCAUGACGAAGGAUGAAAUCAACAACCAGAACGCAGAGCUGCAGUGGAAGCUAGAUGAAUGUAACAGACUGUGGAGUGAAUGCAAGAAGGAGGUGGGACAGAAGGACAGAGUGCUGCAGCAACUCAAACACAAGCUUGAAGAAAGCCAAAAACAGCAGAAUGAAUUGCAAAGAGAGUUGGAGCAUAAAAACAGCAUGGUGCAGGAGCUAAUGAGUAGAGAUCUGCAACAGAUUCCCACUGGCACAGAAAACAAUGGAUAUUCUUACUCUGGAAAUCCAGCUCCCUCUAUGUCAGGCCAGGCAGAGGAGGUUCAACUGCUCAGAGACUCACUUAGGAGUUUGAGGAACAACUUCAGAGACCACGACCCACAGCACCAUACACUGGACACCCUGGAGCAGGGGAUAGUAUCACUCAUUGACAGACUGCACGUUCUGCAUACGCCAAGGGGAAGAGGGAAAUCUCCAAGACGCAAAGGUCAACACACAGACUCUGACACCUGGCCUUGCACAAAGGUUUGUCAGCCUCACAGUGGUUCCUCUGCCUCUACUAAAAUCCUGUACUUCACUGGAAAAUCCCCAACACCCUCCAUGAUCAAUAUACCGAAGAGGCUGGGUGAGGUAACUCUUAAGGAUGUUAAGGCAGCUGUGGAUCGAGAGGGAAACUACAGGUACCACUUUAAAGCCCUGGACCCUGAGUUUGGCACUGUGAAGGAAGAGGUGUUCCUGGAUGGAGCAAUUGUACCAGGUUGGGAAGGAAAAAUAGUGGCCUGGGUAGAAGAGGACCGUGGUGACAAGAGGCCGUUAUAGGUCCAAGCUGACGGGGCAUGGCACUGCUCAGAAAAGAGGCACAAAUGGAUGAUUUUUGAGAUUCAACUUAUCAGCAAGAUACUGUAAGACUUGUCAACAAGAGAUUUAGGCUUAUCAGCUGGUACUAAACCACACUGAGCCUGACUCACUCUGGAGAAUGUGUAAAUCUGUAAAUGAUGUCAAGAACAUCGUGAAACCCAGUGCCUUACAGAGGAAAGCUAUUUCCAUCAUGUGCUUAUUAUUACCAGGCUGUAACUAUAAUAUCGAAACUGGACUCAAAAAUAGAAACAUUAUUUAGAAUCAACUACUUCUAGAACCAUAGUAGUGUUGUUGUUUCACCUCUAAUUGGAAAAAAAUUUCCAGUUAUUUUAAGUGUUCAGUAUCACUUUUUAUUCCUUGUGCAGCAAUGUUGUCUCUAAAAAAACACCAUCACAUUACAUGUUAGGAAUAUGUAUUGUCUAUUGCUCUUUAACCCAGUUACAUGUCAGUUUUUUAUUGUGAAUGUGAAGUAAAUACACAGUGUUAUUUACCUUAGAAUGAAACAGAAAAAUAUCUGGGUUAGACAGAAAGUACCACUUUUAUAAUACAAAUGUUUCAAGGACAGAAAAAGUCAAACUGUGUAAACAGUUCAUUUUGUUCCUGUGCUGCACAGUUUGUCCACAUUCUGAUCUACUGCUGAAAAACACACUGACCAGACUACAGCUAUUAUUGCAAGUAUUAUAUUUUAUGUUAAUUACAUAUAACAUGUAACAGUGAAAAGUAGGAUGAUGGCCAAACAAACAGGUCUAUUGUAAAAAGAAAAAGAGAGAAAGCCCCUGAAUGUAUUUCAGACUAAUCACUUUCACUAAAUCCAGAAUCUGAUCCAGAUGUGCUGGAUUCAAGUAUUAGUCUGUAGCGCAUCGGCAUGCAUGUCAACAGAACAGGCCCAUACUGAACUGCUGUCAGUGAAUAGAAACGAUGCUGAAACUUUGAUGUUCGUGUAGAAAUGCAGAGGAACAGCACUGUUGUUUUGUUUACUUUCAUGAAAUUGUUUUGUAUAUUUGUGUAAAAUAUUUUCACUAUAUCCUUAAGUAUUUGAAGUUAAAGACUAUGACUAUUUGUUUAAAGAGAGAUUCAGAGAGGAUUCAGCUUCCGUUAAAAGAUGCUGUGGAUGUGAAUUUGACAUCAGAGGUUUAAAGUGGACUGAGAAGUCAAGGAACAAUGGACCAACAUACUAUUUAUGAUUUGCGUGCAUGUGUGUGUGUGUGUGUGUGUGUGUGUGUGUGUGUGUGUGUGUGUGUGUGUGUGUGUGUGUGUGUGUGUGUGUGUGUGUGUGUGGGGUUUCCUUCACUCUACUUCUGUCUUCCCAUUGGGGAUCAAUGUGUUUGCCUUUACUAAUAAGCCAAGUGAAAUAUGCAUCAGUCUACUUUUUAAGUGAAGCCCAUUUGGAUGCCAUAACUGCCUGUACUGUAAAACGUACAAUUUGCUGAUGAGAUGGUUAGCAAGCAAUUUGUUUGUUUACGGAAAUUUUUACAAAAAUAUGGAUACUGUCGGUGUUAAAAAAAGCCCUUUGUUGAAUGUUAGAGGAACAUAUUUUGAAUUAAAACCUGAGUUUUGUUUUUAAACAAGA